AUGACCGUGAGGUCAUCGUCACUGACGUCGAAAAUACUGGGUAUUCUUCGCAAUGUACCGGCAACUGAUAUCAUAAAAACACCCAGAAUAUUUACCAUGUCGGCCUGGCCUUUUUCGAGACAUCUUGGAGUUCCACCUGGACAGGGACCUUUUUUGGUUGGUUGUUUUGAUGUUAUGACUGGUCAUUCUGCGGAAGGGAGUUUUUUGCGUCUCUACUACCCGACCAAUGUGAAAAGUAAUAACGUACGACCCGACAAAUCCCAGCAUCCUUUGUGGUUACCCAAGAAAAAAUACGGUAUCGGUUACGCUGAGUUUAUUAAAUUGUCAUCCGGUGUUAUGAAGUCAUGGAUGAGCUGGUUGUUCGAUUCAUACAGAGUACCGGCAUACUGGAACAGUCCAUUACUUCCAAGUCAACACAAAUCAUCAUUUCCGGUGAUGGUUUUUUCUCACGGUUUAGGGGCCAAUAGGACGACAUAUACCACAAUCUGUCUAGAAAUGGCAUCGCAGGGUUUUGUAGUCGCGGCUGUGGAACACAGAGACAAAUCAGCUUCUGCUACAUAUUAUCUUCAUCCAAGUGAUGAAGGUACAGACUUAGUUGAAGAGUGGGUUCCAUAUGAAAGACCUGUACCUGGGGAAGACGAGUUCCCACUCAGAAGUAGACAGGUGAAUCACAGAGCCGAUGAAUGUGUGAAAGCAUUAAAUCUUUUAGAACAAUUAAACAGUGGUGAAAACAUUACGAAUAUGAUGGACAAUGAGUGUAAUUUUCACCAGUUUAAGGGCCGAUUGGAUUUCAGUAAAAUUGCCGUUUCUGGACACUCAUUUGGUGCUGCCACUGCAUUGAUGUCUUGCCACAAAGAUCAGAGGUUUAACUGUGCAGUAGCUUUGGACUCCUGGUUAUUCCCUCUGGAAAAAAUGGUGGCAUCCGAAAUGAAACAACCAGCAUUAUUUAUUAACACAGAGAAAUUCCAGUGGCCAGGAAAUAUUGUCAGAAUGAAUAGAUUCUGCCAUGAAAAUAAUCAAACUGAUAGGAAAAUGAUUACAAUAAAAGGCACUGUACAUCAAAGUCAAGGGGACUUCCCAUUUUUACUCAAUUCAGUACUGGGACGAAUAAUCAAAUGUCGAGGAUCUUUAGAUCCUCAUGUUGCCAUGACAAUAAAUAACAAUGCAUCAUUAGCAUUUCUCUAUAAACAUUUGGGCAUGGAAUGCAACAGGAGUUAUGAAGAAGUCCUUGCGGGACGAAAUGAACAUGUCAUCAUUGGAACAAAUAUCAAACUUGAUCCGGAAUAUAAAAAGAAAUCUGGGCUUUGAUGGUGAUGAUCAAUAUAUAUCAAUCCCUCUGGUGAAAUGAAAAAUGUGAUCACUGUGACAAAGUAUAACCAAAUACAAGAACAAUGUAAAAUAUAUUAGAUGUAAAAAGCUUUUUUUUAUCUUCAUGAUCUGAAAAUGACUUCUUUGUGACAUUUGUAUAUACUUACG